GACCUCUGUGAUGUAGACGAAGAGAAGAUCAGUCAGGUACUGAGGCCGGAAGUGAGGGGAGAUCGCUGAGCUUAUUGGUACACUCGAGACCAGGAAAGUUGUUGCAGCAUUUGGUGCUGAUAAGACAUUGAUAGAUUCACCAUCUCACAUAUCAAUGGCAUUGACAUCUUCAAAAAGCAUGAAUAGCCCCAAGCUACAAACCACGAUGAGUGCAUGGACACCUCUGAGCAACCAACUCUUGAAUGAACAGGUAUUUGAAGAAAGAAGAGCCCUGCUCAGAAAAUGGUUUAUCAGGUGGACAGAUGGUCAGAGGCAGAAGAUCCUGAUGGACCAGUUGGAGCUCUGCUCCUUGUCACAGAAGAAAUUCUGUGCCAGGCAGCUACAGGAUCAAAUUCCCAUCGAAGCUCUAGAUUUUACCACGAAGCUUCCUAGAGUGCUGUCCUUAUACAUUUUCUCCUUCCUGGACCCACGGAGCCUCUGUCGAUGUGCACAGGUGAGCUGGGCAUGGAAGAACCUGUCUGAACUGGAUGAGCUCUGGAUGCAGAAGUGCCUGCGUUUCGGCUGGUACAUCCACUUCAUUCCAACUCCCUUUGAGCAAGGAAUCUGGAAGAGACAUUACAUUGAAAUGGUGAAAGGGCUGCGUGUUACAAGGCCAAAGACUCCUUUGAAGGAUGAGUCCGUAGUUACUGAAGUGCAAAAGGUGAGAAGCAACACCCCAGAGUCAAAACCUUCUGCACCAAGAAAGAAGACUAGCAGGAAGAAGAAAGAAAUCCCACCGUGGCGUUCAUCAGACAGGCACCCUACAGACACCAUGCGAUUCAACUGCCUCAACAACUACGAUCCCAUUGAACAAGCUAGGCAGGCGAGAAAGAAAGGGGGAGGGGAGACCCCAGACCUUAGCCGGCAGGCAGAUGAAAAAAAGAAGAGUGUAGUUCGUGGAUCUAAGACACUCCAGAAAUCAAAAUCACUGCUAUCACUUACUGAAGAUCUUGGAUCGACUCAAAAAACACCAGUUUGCCCUAAAUGGGCCACUCCCCAGUCAGCUGAGAACCUGCCCAACAAAGAAGCAGCAGUGACCCUAGCCCAGAUCUCCCGGCAGAACGCUGGGAUACGACCAGGACCUGUUCGAGCUCCAGUGCUAAAACCACGUGCAAGAGAAAAGAAAGACUUCAGAGAGAGGACCACCAUGUCUCCAUCCUCUCCACAAUGUGAGGCUCAGCCUGGGCUCAUUCCUCCAUCAGGCAAUGAUCUGGUACAGACUAAGGAAGGAUCUGAAGCAUCUUUCAUCUCAGUGGAACAGAAGCUUACCUGCCUGGAUGGGGGAGACAACAGCAAUGUUGCCUGAGUCAAAGACUUUCAUUUACCUCACUGCACAGGGCAAAUAAACAGGCAUGCAAGUCUUA